GCCGACGCCGACGCCGACGCCAACUCCAUUCCUCUCGCUGCUUCUCUACUCGCAGGAUGCGCAGCUGUAUGGUGAUUGUGGUAGCCCUGGCGGUGAGCGCGCAGCUGGCGUGGUGGGGCGCGCAGGCGAACGCGGUGCCCGUGACACGGCCCAUCGUCUGCGCCACCGACGACGUCUCCCCGCAGAUCCGCAAGGUGUGCCAGGCGUAUGAAGCCUUCUCCGAGCUCGCCACUUCCGCCAAGGACUACCUCGAUCAUUUUGCAGCAGUGCGGGAUCCCGAGCUCUUCGUGGAGGACAAGCGACCCGAUGUGGACCACGUCUUCCUCAGGUUCGGCCGCCGACGCCGAUAAACCAGCCGCAAUUACUUAUUUAUCCUUUUCACUAAUUUUAAUUUCUCCCUAAGGAAUCAAGUCCCAAACUGUGUAUGCAUAAGGAAAGGACAUAUUAUGGCGUGACAAACUGUACUCAGUGGUGUAUAGUCUAAAGAAGCAAAAUAAAAUGUGUGAUCUAAAUCA